GGGCUUGAAUUGGAGAUCACGCAAUUUCGUCCUCCAAGCUUGCGCAAGCACUUGUAAGCACAUACAAUAGAAAUAAUUAUAUUAUAUGGUUUCGGGUCCACCUCACCGCUUCCUUACCUUUGUUCCUCGACGACUUCUUUACUCAGCAGGCCAAAAAAAAAAAAAAAAGCUGGUUUCUCUCUUUGUUUUAUUAUUUUUUAUACAUUGGUUCCAUACUCUCCCAAUAGAAACCCUCUCCCUGCGUUGCCUAAAAAAAAAUCCAAAAAAAAGGAACGCCAAACAAUUCGCACUAGCAAUAAGUCGACCUAUCUGGACAUGAGAGCAACAAUAUCCGAGGACUUGAAGUCCUUUUCUGGGCAACCAUUUCCUCUCAUCAUGUCAAACGACGACAACAUGAUAUCUAAUGAAGAAGAUGCAGUCAGUUGGAUCAAGGAUUACAAACCGGCAAUAUUAGAUUGCUUGCAGCAACAUGGUGCAGUCUUACUUAGAUCAAUGCCACUCGAUGUACCUGAGGCGUUCUCACUCUUUGCACGAGCAUUCAACUUUCCAAAGUUCAGAUAUAUCAACGGCGCCGCUAUCCGCCACAAACAUGCUAUCGAAGUCUACACGGAAUGCGAAAUCGAUGCUAGCCUGUAUAUCUUCCUUCAUCAUGAGUUAGCUCAAUCCACUGAAUAUCCUAGAUAUGUUCUCUUUUUCUGUGAACAGCCUGCUGCCAACGGAGGAGAGACAAUGCUCUUGUCGUCAAUCGACUUGCACGACAGAAUCGAAAAGGAAAUGCCGGAAUUCGUCAGAGAACUGGAAGCCAAGGGUGUGUUGUACACAAGAUAUAUGUCCGAGUAUGACAUGAACGACGGGAAUGGAAGGGGUUGGAAAAAUAGCUUGUGGUCCAGCACAAAAAAGCAAGCCGAGAACGAAAUGACAAAACUUGGUUUGACCUGGGAAUGGCUUCCAAACGAAGGGCUGCUGACAAAGCUGAGAGCGCCAGCGAUACGAGUUCACCCUCAGCAUGGCCGAAAAGUAUGGUUUAAUCACAUAACAAACAACCAUCAGAUCAUCUGCCGCCACAAAAGAUUACAUCCAGAAGCCCUUCAUUUGAGCAACGUCACUUUCGGAGACGGUUCUCCGUUCCCAGAGGAUAAAUUGCAUCGAAUUAUUGAAAUUCAGCAAGAACUUUGCUACGAUGUACAGUGGAGACAUGGCGAUGUACUAUUAAUUGAUAAUUUUGCUGUCCAACAUGGACGGCGACCGUACGAUGGAUCCAGGAGGAAUGUCUUUAUCAGUUCCUGGGGAGCUGAGGACGGCUCAAGCUUCUAACUUACUUAGUGUUAUACCGUUUACUCAGAGCUGCCAGGAAAUGAGUUGUAAUUUUGAAAUAUAGACUCGCAAACAUGCGAAAUAAAAAAUAACAGUAUGAAUCCGAUUUAUUGUUGAA